CCGCAGGUCACCCCUGUCUGCGCAGGCGCGGUGCAAUGGCCGCCCUGCUCGGGUGCCGCAGCCUCCCCGGCGCCUUCCGACAAGCACUCGCUGCCAGGCCGACCGUCCUCGUCACCCAAACCAGGGGGAAGAAGCGAUGGAUGAGGUCCUAUAUUAUGGUGAUGGAAAGGAUCAAGAAACUAGAAGGACCAGCUCCGCCCAAACCUCGGUGGGUAUGAGUGAGGCGCCGGCCCCUGGUUACCCGGGUCAACAGAUCACCAGGCUGUGGAGAUCGCAGCAGCCAAACUGGGACUAUCAUGCUGAAGUAGAGGCCUUUGGUCAUCGUCUUCAAGAGAAUUUCAACCUGGAUCUUCUCAAAACAGCCUUCAUUAAUCACUGUUACAUUACCGCUGAGGAAUCACGCCGGCAAGAUCUUAAACUUGACAAAGAAAGCAUCAAAUUAAAUCUGAAGGACAAUCAGGAUUUAUCGGAGAAGGGUUCAUUGUUUGUCACUGCUUAUCUCCAGGACUGUUUUGGUCAUGCCCACCCAAACUUGCCUGAUGAUGGUAUAGAGGCAAUUAUUAGUUACGUUACAGGCCCACAGGUUGUGUGUCAUGUUGCUAGGAACUUGGCUGUAGAAGACUUGACAUUAAGUGCAGAGUUCCCUGUGCCACAGGAGAUUUUACAAUCUACGUUCUUUGCCGUUGUCGGAGCUUUGCUUCAGAGUAAUGGAACUGAAAAAGCCGACUUAUUUAUCCGGGAUUUCCUAAUUACUCAACUUAUUGGCAAAGAUCUGUUUGAAAUGUGGAGCGUCAUUAAUCCCAUGGGACUUUUAGUGGAAGAACUGAAGAAGAGGAAUGUGUCGCUUCCUGAGCCCAGGCUGACCAGGCAGUCAGGAUCUGGCACCGUGCUUCCAGUAUAUUUUGUUGGACUGUACAGUGAUAAGCAGCUAAUCGCAGAAGGACCCGGUGAAACGGUGUUGGCAGCUGAAGAAGAGGCAGCACGUGUGGCACUGCGUAAAAUUUAUGGCUAUACAGAAAACCGGCGCCCGUGGGAUUAUUUGAGCCCCACAAGGGAGCCUCAAACAGUUGAGGCUUUGAGCAGUUAAAGCACAAGCUCAGCCUACGUGAUUCACAUCAUCCAAGUAUUAUUUCUCUCAUUUGGAACUUUGAUCAUUGUACAAACCUACUGAAUUUUAUAAUUACAAAAUAAAAAACAUACAAAUCAA